GCCUCUGGCAGGCCGGGUUGGGGCGGGGCCUGUGAGGAGUGACAGUUCGAAAGGUAGCCUCGCCCUGGGAGAAUGUAAUGCUUUUUUAAAACUCUGCUUCGCCUCUCGGGGUGGAGUUUUCGUCUUCCGUCUGUCAAGUCCUCGGUUUUUCCAGGAUUUUGGGGAAAUGAAAGUCACCAGGGGCCCAUCUCGUGAUCCGGCGCCCCGCAGUGUCAACACAGAUUCCUCGACCUCAGCCCCAUGGCUGCGCUGAGCCCGCUGCUCCUAGCCGCGCUGCUGUGGGUCCCUGCAGGGGCCGUGACCUGCUACGGGGACUCGGGGCAGCCUGUGGACUGGUUUGUCGUUUACAAGCUGCCGGCCCACAGCGGGCCCGGGGUCGAGGCGCAGGCGGGGCUGCGGUACAAGUACUUGGAUGAGAGCUCAGGGGGCUGGCGUGAAGGCGCAGGGCCCAUCGACAGUUUGAUGGGGGCCGUGGGCCGCAGCCUGCUGCCGCUGUACCGAAACACCAGCCAGCUCGCCUACCUACUGUACAAUGAUCAGCCGCCUAAAGGAACUAAGGAUUCUUCCAGCCGGGGGCACACGAAGGGCGUGUUGCUUCUGGACCAAAAAGAGGGCUUCUGGCUGGUCCACAGCGUUCCAGGCUUCCCUCCAGCUGCUUCCCAUGCUAACUACAGCUGGCCUCGUCCUGCCCACACCUAUGGGCAGACGCUGCUCUGCAUGUCUUUUCCUCUCGAGCAGUUCUCAAAGAUUGGUAAACAGCUGAGCUACACCUACCCCCUGGUGUAUGACCACAAGCUGGAAGGGACCUUUGCCCAGAAAUUCCCCGAACUGGAGGAGGUGGUCAAGGGCCACCAUGUUCAUGACAGACCCUGGAACAGCAGUGUAACACUCACGUCAAAGGCAGGGGCUAACUUCCAGAGCUUUGCCAAAUUUGGAAAGUUUGGAGAUGACCUGUACUCUGGCUGGUUGGCGGAAGCCCUUGGCACAAACCUGCAGGUCCAGUUCUGGCAACACUCUGGUGGCAUCCUGUCAUCCGACUGCUCCAAGGUCUGGGAAGUGCUGGACGUGACCCAGAUAGCCUUCCCUGGGUCAGCUGGGCCCACCAUCAAUACCACAGACGACCACUCCAAAUGGUGUGUGGCCCCAGAAGGGCCCUGGGCCUGUGUAGGUGACAUGAAUCGGAACUGCGGAGAAAAGUACCGAGGUGGGGGCACAGUGUGUGCCCGGCUGCCUGCCCUCUGGAAGGCCUUCCAGCCUCUGGUAAAAGCAUGGGAGCCCUGUCAAGGUACAGACCUUGUCUCCAGGAAGCCCGGCAGAGAGUAUAAGAGCUAGAGCUCACAAGCCAGUUUUGACUUCAGUUUAAAUCCCAGUUUAGUCUCUUUCUAAUUGUGUAACCUUAAUUAUGUGCCUUAACCUCUGUGACUCAGUGUACUCAUCUGCAAAAUGGGAACCAUAACACCUGACAGGAUUGGUGAGAAAUAAAAGGAAACGGGUGGAUGGGACUGUUAACCUUUCU